AUGUUGAGUGAUUCAGAAGUAGAUAAUCAGCAAGGUAUUGUAGAAAAAGUAGAAGGUAAAAUAACAAGGAGUAGGAAAAUGUUGGUGGAUGAAAAUAUUAGUCCUGAGAGCGAAGUAAAGAAGGAAUCUGAUUGCGAUGAUAUAAGAACAAUGUCUGAAGGAGAAUGCGGUGACAUAGAACAAGGAAAUCAUACUCAAACUACGAUUCAAUUAAGGAAACGCUCAAAUGCUUUGUUAACCCAAAGGAGUUUACGAAAUGGAAAAUUGCGCCAACGUUCAGAAACGUCGUUUGCAAAUGAUGUAGAGAUUAAAAAACGACGUAGAUUAAAUUCCGAUGAUACUGCUGCAUCUGAAACUUUGACAGAACAGAUUUCUGAUGGGAAUGUAGAUAUAGAAUCCUGUUUUUCUGAAUCUAGCGGUAAUUACUCUCAAAUAAUGAUGAAAGAGGAACUUAUGAUUAAAGAUGAAGUCUCCAAGAAUUAUACAGAAAGUGAAACUGGAAUAGAAAUAGAAAACAAUAAUAAUAGCGAGAGAGUAGAUAGAUUAAGUGAAAUAGGACCAAUAUUACGUUCAAAAACAAAAGCCAGAAGUACGGAUAACGAUACAAAAGUAGAUGAUAUCAAGAUUGAGGAGACACGUGUAGCACCUAAAAAUGUAGAAGUACUCGAAGAAAUAAAGAAAACUAAUAAUAUAGAUCUUGUUAGAAAAGACACAAUUUUGUCCAAGCUAACUGAUAGGUCUAAAGGACGAAGAAAUAGUGUAAAUAUAGAUAUGAGGAAAACUGUUAAUUCCUUUUAUGGAACAGAGAAAUCUGAUGGCAAUCCAAAGUCACAAAUAGAUCAAAUGAUAGAGAGUAUUAAAUUAACAAUUGCAAAAUCAAUUGAAAAUAAAAUGUUUGGUCCAGAAAAGAAUCUUGGAUUGGGUAAAAAUUUUGAAAUUCCAAAGAUGGAAGAAAUCAUUGCACCAUUAAGUACUGAAUCUCAGAAAUUGGGAUUAGAAGAGAGUAACGAUGAAGAUAAACCUAAUGCAUCUAAAAAUGAGAGUAAAUCAGAAAGUUCUGAAAACUCAGUACCAAAAGUGGCUGAUACUGCCAAAGAAAUUGAGAAACUAGUCAUGGGUGACAUUGAAUUGGUUGAAACUCAAUCACAAAACACUCAAGAUAGGGAAGAGACUCCUAAUAUUGAAGCAAUCAAUAAAACUCAUAAUUCUCAUGAACCUUCACAAGCUACAGUUAGUAAAGAAGUAAAUAUAUGUAAAGAUGUUAAAGAAAGUGGUGGCGAAGUUGAUCAGGAUUCAAAUAUUACAUCUAAGGUAGUAGAACAAAUAGAAGAUACGGAAAGCCAAUCGAUAAAUAGUAGCAAGAAAGUAUCUCCUCCUUUGUCGAGAAAAUCCGAGAAGUCAAAUGAUAAAAAUUCUCAAGAUAACAUUGAAGAGUCUGAAAUUGGAAAGAAAUUGGCAACUGUAUCUGAUGAACCAAUUGAAAAGCAUGAUUCUCUUAAAGAAAAAAUCAAUGAAUUUAUUGCUGAGUCUACUACAAAUUUAUUAUCUUCUGCAGAAAUAAAUGAAUCAGUUAAAGCACAGAAUGAAACUAUAGAAACAAACACGGAAGUUGAUAAAAUAAAUUGUUCUCAAGUAGAAAGCUUAAGUAUUGGUCAUUGUUCAGAGGAGUCAGAAACCUUGGAAAGUAUUUAUUCUGAUGUUGAAAGAUUAGUAAAAGGAGAUGAAUUUUCAGCUUUAUCUGAAAUAGUAGAAAAUAAAGAAAUAAAUGGUGAAAGUGUCAAAUUAAAUGACACGUCUAAUGAUAUUGUUAAAGAUGUAGAAAGUUCUCUUGUUACAAAAGAUGAACAUUCUAAAUCAAAAUUCACUAUCGAUAAAAUAAAAGAAGCGUUGAUUUGUCAAGCAAGAGAUCAUUCAUUAAAAGAGAUUAAUAAACAUGACAAAGUUAUUAAUGUCAAAGAAAAUGUUGAUACGCUUACUGCUUCCUUUGAAUUAUUGGAAAAUCAGAUCGAUGAAAAAAAUCAUUCUCACGAGUUGCCAAUCAUAAAUAGUGACUUAAAUUCAAUAUCUGUCUCUAACAAAUCUCCAAUAUGUACUUCAAAGAAAGAAAUAAACGAUACGAAUGAUUCUGUCAAGGAUGUUAUUAGUCAGGAUAAAGAAGAUAAUAAACAUCAAAAUAUUGAUACAUUAAUAUCCCCGAAUAAGUUAAAAUCAAAUGAAGACACGGUUGAUAAGAAAAUAGAUGAUACCUUGAACACAGCUGUUGAAGAAAAGAGCAAUAAAUUAUGUUCUGAGAAGAAUAAUGAUGAACUUAAAGCUACAAAUGAAGAAAAUAAGAGAGUGUUAAGGGUACGUGAUAAACAAAAGAAAGUUGAAAAAAGACCAACUUCCUGUAACAAAGAACAUGAAAAUGCAUCAAAAUCUAGUACAGGAAGUGAUUGUCAAUCGACAGAAGAAUGUAAUGCACAAAAUGAUAAUAAACAAAAUUUAGAACUGAAAGCAAGUACUGAAACUACUUGUAAAACUCCUGAAACAGACAUAUCUCAAAAUAGCACCAUAGAAUUUGAAACUAGUGAUGUUUUGGAGCCUCAUACUCGUACCAGGCGUGGUAGAGAAGUGAAGAAACGUAAAGAAGAACAACAGUCAUUAAAUAAUACGUUGAAAAAUAAACGAGCCAAACGAGAUAUUAGAAAGUCUGAUCAGCAAAAAGAAGAAACAUUGCUUGACAAUGAAGUAGCCAAGAUUAAUGAAAAUAAUAGAUUCCUUAGUGAUUAUGACAAUCUUGCUAAAUGUUCUGAUAGCUUUAGAGGUUUCUCUGAAGGUGGUGGUCGUAAUAGCUUGGACAAAAUCCAAGGUAAAAAUGAUAAGUUACGUAGUAAAUCGGAAAAUGAUCUAGUAAUUCCAAAUGAACCGAAUAGAUCAGAAGAAGAAGGACGACUUUCAACUCAGAUCGCAGAUAAUGAUUCAUCAAAAGAAAGAAAUGACAUUAAUUUGUUGGAUGAAUGUAAAUCUAGUAAAAUAGAAGAAGUAUCUCAAAAAGAUUUAGAUGAGACAUCUACUUCGGAUGAAUCAUCUAGUAGCGUUAAUCUUGCUAUGAAAAUUUUAGAAACGCCAGAGGAUAAAGCUAAAAAAGAAUCUAUUCUGAGAUUAUUGGGUUUGGAAUCGUUGGAAAAAGCUGCUGAAAGAUUAAACAAUCAGAAAGCAAGAAAGGAACAAUAUACUGGUACAUUAAAAACUGUGAUUCGCGUACAAAAGGAGAAGGAAAAAGAUAAAAAACGAUCGAGAUCACCUUUGAAAAUGGUUUUGAAGCAAGGACGUACCGACGGAGAAGGAGAUUCACCUGAUUUUUACACCAUACAAAAGGAGUUUGGAACCAGUGGUUUGGGAGAUAGCAGCUCUGGUGCGAACCGAAAGUUCACUACUAACCACAGACACUCUUGCGGUAAUCCUGGUUAUGAAGAUAACGAAGAAGCUCCGCCGAAGGAUCGUCAAUCCCUCGUUAUUCCUGAAAAAUCAUCUUCUUUUUCUAUUCAUCCAGGACGAUUAUGUGCGGAUGUAUGUUGUUAUUGCUUUGGAAAAUUUGGUUCCUUGGAUACACCUAUGCACUUGGCACAAAUGAAAUCGGAUGAAAGACGAAAGAAGAUAUUAAUUAUAGAAAGACACCUUAAUAAGGAUUCUUGUCUGUGUGACGCGUGUUAUCGUCAUGUAGAUAGAAAGGCGAACACUAGUCCAACAAACAUGCAAACUAAACCACAAAAGCAUCGCCAAUUGAUGGUAUCAAAAUGUGCAGCUCGUGAUUGUAGAGAUCCUGCUCGUCAUAAUGUUAAACGACGUUGGUUACUUAAAAUUAAAGCUGGACUUCAAAGUCAGGUUGAUAUUGAUUGGGAAUCGAGUCAACACACAUCUAUGUCAUUUUGCGUAGUCCAUUACAGUAAAGUCGAAAUAUUUUUGACUUGCGCGCUUUGUAAUCGAAGACUGGCCAGAAAUCAUACGCAUCUGUUAACCGACGCAGAAACUACAGAAUUAAAUCAACGACUUUCGCAACAGGCGAUACCCGUUUCACUUUCUGCGAGAACAUUUGUUUGCAAAUUGUGUCGAUAUUUCACACAGUUGCAAAUUAAAUACAAGGAUCCUGAAAAUAUGAGCAUAAAUCACAGGUCGUUCUAUAAGAGCUAUCGGAAAAGAAUCUUACAUAAUCAUGAUAUCGAGGUACUUGAGAAUGAAGAAGAAGAUUCUAAUAGUCAAUCGAAAGACAAAGAUAAACGUAAAAAAGCUAAAUGUGCUCCAGCUAAGAAUGGAAGUUCCAAGUCGCCGGAUGUAACAACAAAUUCAGCCUCAGAUAAGUCAACACCUGAACCUAUUAAAAAUGAUGUUACAAAUUCUGAACCGGACAAUGACAAUCGUUCUGUCAAAAUGAAUACGAACGAUACCAUUCCUGCCGAUAUUCAGUUCCUUUGCGUUGAGGGUACAACAGACAAGUUAAUAAAGAAAAGAAAGAUAAUCGAAGUAAACAAUUAUACGUCAGACGGAACAAUGCCUUGCGGUGUUUCGAACGAAGUCGUAGAGAUUAUUACCAUGGACAAGGAGGUAACUUUGACAAAAUUACCGAAAAAAGCAAGAACAAGCAACGACAUAACUCCUGUCGUUCAACGACUCGGAGCUAAUCCCUCUAUAAGCGUACGUACUCUUUUCCCGGGGGAAGAAGAAAUGAAUCUUCAUGCUAACAUUGAAUUUGGUAAUGUUCGAGAGAUCACUCCUCAGGGUUGGGAAAAGUGUGCAACGAUGAUUCAAUAUGACAGAGACACGAAACUUUUAUGGCAAGAGUUACAAAGACCUUACGGGAAUCAAAGUUCUUUCCUUAGACAUUUAAUACUUUUGGAAAAGUAUUACAGGGCUGGCGAUUUAAUUUUGGCGCCUAACGCUUCGCGAAAUGCCAUAAACUAUUCGACGUCGGUUCAAAAUAGAUUGAUAUCCUACGAAGGUCCUGAAAAAAUGGACGAACCGAUAAUGGAACCGAUAUCAACCGAAUUUCAUAAUUCUCGUCGUUUAAGCGGUGGCUACGUGCUCGAAAGAGAUAGACACUCCUUACCACCUAUGGGAAGUUCUGCUACGAAGUCACCGGUGAUUCAACUAACAACGACGAAAGGAAGUCCACCGCGUGCAAUAAAAUUAAAUUCAGGUGUAUCAAUUAUUAAAAAACCGCCUCCUAAUUUGCAAAGACUUAGCUUACCGUCUACAAGUUCGGCCAAUGGAAAUAAUAAACGUAAAGAUACCUCGAAAUUACCGAUGUCCUCGGGCGGCAAAGUAUUCCAGAUGAAUGAUUCGGAAUUGAAGCGAUUACAAUAUCUUAAGAAACCAAAACAAAUGUUUAGUGAGAAACAGUGCGCAAGUCCUCCUACUGGUCUACCACCAUCGGGUAAUCCAAAUUCUCCUCCGAAUUUCAAAACUACGACGCAAUAUCAAAAAGCAGUACAAUAUGUCGCUCAAACCCAAUUCCAACAACAUUUGAGAAGACAACAAGAAAUGUUGAAUCGUCAGACCAGAGGUGAUUUCGAACCUCUUAUAUGUGACAUACGUCCGUCAAACGAGAACAAUCCUACUCAAAACCUAUUACAUAAUCUUAAUCUGCCAAAGUCUAUACAAGUGACGACUAAGCCAUCUAAUCCAAUUCCCAUUUUGCCAAAAAUUCCAAAGUCAUUGACAGUAAUACCACAAACGGUAACGAGACCUACUGAAAAAUGA